AUGGUGAAGAUGACCAGAUCCAAGACUUUCCAGGCUUAUCUGCCUUCUUGCCACCGGACCUACAGCUGCAUUCACUGCAGAGCCCACUUGGCCAAUCACGAUGAACUUAUUUCCAAGUCGUUCCAAGGAAGUCAAGGACGAGCAUACCUCUUUAACUCAGUAGUUAACGUGGGCUGCGGGCCGGCGGAAGAGCGCGUGUUGCUAACAGGACUGCACGCCGUCGCAGACAUUUACUGUGAAAACUGCAAAACCACCCUGGGCUGGAAAUAUGAACACGCCUUUGAAAGCAGCCAGAAAUAUAAAGAAGGCAAAUACAUCAUUGAGCUAGCACACAUGAUCAAGGACAAUGGCUGGGACUGA